GCUGGCUACAGCGCCGCGUCGAAGUCCACUUCUUCUGGAGCUUGGUGGCUGGUAAACUGAACUGUAGAGGAAUUAAGUGGAAUUUGAAUGUUGUUGGACCUCUUCGGCUCUCCGCCACCUCUUAGUAGACGCCGGCAGAGUACCUUGCCUCGACGGCAAUUGCCCGCGGUCGGUGCCCAGUCAGCGAAGCGGGAGCCAUGCCUGUCCCUGCUGGAUACCUCAGCGACUCCACCGCCGCGGCCUUCACGUCCUCGGCCUCACUUAUCCCGCCGCCGCCGAUAAACACGCAGCAGCCCGGUGUUGUCACUUCGCUCCUGUACAGCGGCUCCAAAUUCAGGGGCCACCAGAAAAGCAAAGGAAACUCUUACGACGUGGAGGUUGUUUUGCAGCAUGUGACCAUGGAGGAUUCCUACCUGUGCGGCUACCUGAAGAUAAAAGGACUAACAGAGGAAUAUCCAACUCUGACCACAUUCUUUGCUGGAGAGAUCAUCAGUAGGAAACGGCCAUUUCUUACUCGGAAAUGGGAUGCGGAUGAGGAUGUGGAUCGUAAGCACUGGGGCAAGUUUCAGGCCUUCUACCAGUAUGCAAAGACAUUCAACUCUGAUGAGUUUGACUAUGAGGAUCUGAAGAACUCUGACUAUAUUUUCAUGAGGUGGAAGGAGCAGUUUUUGGUCCCAGACCACACAAUAAAGGACAUCAGCGGCGCUUCCUUUGCUGGAUUCUACUAUAUCUGCUUCCAGAAAUCCACAGCAACAAUUGAGGGCUACUAUUACCACAGGAGCUCUGAAUGGUACCAGUCUUUAAACCUCACCCACGUUCCCGAGCACAGCGCAGCAAUCUAUGAGUUCCGGUGACCCUGGUCGGUAUUGCAGCUCUUUUUGUUGGACAAAGACUUAAAGGUAAAGCAGAGGUCUGCAGACGCUACUGGAAAGGAAGAGGAUUUGGACUUUGGAGCAGUACAGACUUUAACAUGUUCUCAAUAAGUGGUUGGACAGCUGAAGAUGAGUGUACUGGAUAUAAGAGACAAACGAAUGUAUGGAUGGAAACGUUGGAAAGCAAGAAAGUGCAGAUGUGCUCCCUGGUUGGAGCUUGUAAAGUCAGAGCCAGCAGCAAAGACUGGGUGCGGUUGAUAUAGUGUGCCCCUUUCUUCAUUUCUGUUAAUGUCUGGCUUUAAAAAUGCUUGGCACAGUAUCAUGAGACACUUUAAGCUGAAUUGGGAAUCCCCCUUCUUGUUUUGCAAAUAGAAACAUAUCCAGCUUUCAUCCAGCUGGAAUGAGCAGCAUAAACGCGUUCAGCGACCGUCAGACAAGGAUUCCUCGGAGGACUCUGCUCUUAUCAACAUUCUCUGAAGAAGCAAAUCACCAUGUAGGUGGAGGAAAGCCAAAACAGAAGGUUAGGUUUAUCAGGUUUUACAAUUGGAGCUUUAAUAAGCUCAUAAGCUAGAAAGUAUUUUUAAGCUAAGCUGGUUCUUUGUUUGCCUGCCAAGAGUAUAUUUUGUUAUUUUACUCUGAAUGAUGGUCACUGAGCAGCACUUUUUAAGAAAGGAAAAAAGAAUACAAUCUGAGAGACACAAGCUUUUCCCCUGUGUUCAUAAAACUGCUUGGGAGAUUAUCACAUAGGAUUGCUGUGGAUCUUAUUCUUUUGAGUUACGUUUGCACAAAUCUUUUUGUUAAUAAAACGCUUGCAGGUAGGGUUUUACACUUACAUCCCAGUACACACGCUUCAAGGUGGCAGGUUAAGUCUGCAGACUUGCUUUUUCUUUACUACGUGAAGGCUUUAGAGCCAAAAACAAUCCUAUAAAAGUAUUCAGAAGAGUAUUUUUUACCCUGCACUCUGCAUUAAACUAAGAGCUUUUUAUUCCUCGUGUCGUUUUAAAUUAAGACCCCCACAUCCCUACAUUUGUCUCCUCGACUAUGCAACAUUUCCAAGAUAGCACUCCCCAAAAUAUAUGACCCUGAGAUGUCAGAGGGAAAAUUUUAUUCUAUCCUUAGAGUAUAUGAAAAAGAUCUAUCUUCAUUAAAAGGAAAUAUUUUUGUUAAAAUAUUUGUGACAACACUUUCCUGCCUAAUCAUGUUCCCCUUCUAUUUGAUGGUGCCAUCUUUUUAAAGCUUAUUGUAUUAUAACAAAAUGUGUUUGUUUGGAGCUAACAUUGGAUUUGAUUGAUGGUGUGACUAUAAAGAGUGGAAUAUGGAUUUAAAAGAAAAAUUUAAAACACC